AUGGCGGCACAGCCUGUGCCUCAUCCGUCAGCGGACAAGAAACGAGUCAAGGUCUACGAGCUGCGCAACAAUGACUGGUUCGAUCGUGGUACCGGAUUCUGUACUGCCGCCUUCAGCGUUUCUGAAGAUGGCCAGCAGCGAGAUCCGCGAGUCCUUGUCGAAUCCGAAGACCAGCCUGACCGUCUAUUGCUCGAGACGAGAAUUUGCAAAGAAGAUGGCUUCCAUAAGCAACAAGAAACUUUGAUCGUUUGGACCGAGCCGACUAGUGGUGUGGACAUGGCUCUGAGCUUUCAAGAGGCGGAGGGUUGCGCAAUGAUAUGGAAGUUUAUCAAUGGUAUUCAGCAGCAGUACCAUUCUGUAAACGCGCCAGAUGAUAGUCUCUCCGACGACCUUGCUAUGGACAUGCCGAAUCCUAUCACCCUCCCACCAGCUUCUAUGGGCAAUCUUGCUGACAUAGAAUCGCAAAUGCGCGGCUUCAGUGGAACAGCUAACGGUCGCGAUGCCCUAACAAAAUAUGUCUUGAUGGAGAACUACAUCGGCAAGUUAAUCCCCCUAGUUGGUGACGCGGAGGACCUCGAAAGCCUUAACGAUUUACAUCGUCUCUGUAAUAUCAUGAAAAUCAUCAUUCUUCUCAACGAUACGAGCAUCAUAGAACAUGCUGUAUCAGACGAGUGUGUUAUUGGUGUUGUGGGCGCGUUGGAGUACGACCCGGAUUUCCCAAGCCAUAAGGCGAACCAUCGUCAAUGGUUAGAAGGUGAAGGUCGAUAUAAGGAGGUCGUACGCAUUGAGGAUCCUCAAAUAUUGAAGAAGAUCCAUCAAACCUAUCGGCUCCAAUAUUUAAAAGAUGUCGUGUUAGCACGCAUCCUAGACGACAACACAUUUUCCGUAUUGAACUCUUUAAUUUUCUUCAACCAGGUCGACAUCGUACAACACUUACAGUCAAACGGAAACUUCCUAGCCGAGCUGUUUGGCAUAUUCAAAAACUCCCAACCCGAACCGAAGCGUAAGAAAGAGGCGGUAUUGUUCAUACAACAGUGCUGCGCAAUCGCAAAGAAUCUCCAACCUCCAGCCCGCCAAACCCUAUACAACAACUUCCUCGCCCACGGUCUUCUUCAAGUCAUCAAUUUCGGCCUAAGACACAGUGAUGUGGCCGUGCGAGUUGGAGCUACCGACAUAUUGGUUUCUAUGAUCGACCACGACCCGCAUAUGAUUCGAGCGAUGAUAUAUCGACAGCUUCAUGAAAAACAACCGCCUUUGACAGACUCGCUUAUCGAUUUGCUUUUAGUCGAAGUGGACUUAGGUGUUAAGUCACAAAUAUCCGAUGCUUUGAAGGUACUCCUCGAUCAAGGCCCAACGCUGCAACAACAGCAGCAGCAACAGCAACAACAGGAGGCAUUCGCAAAGGCGAAUGGCGAAUAUGGUGUUAGAAACACAAGGAUACCGCCCAGUUCGGAUCCGCAGCAAGAUAACUUCCUGAAUCUUUUUUACGAAAGCUCAGCCGCCAAGCUCUUCCAACCCUUAAUUAACUUAGAGGGCCGAACUAAUAUGGAGUUCUCUGUCCAGCAGGCUUCUAUGUUCACUUACUUGAUAGAGAUCCUUUGCUUCUUCAUCCGACAACACCAACAUCGCAGUAAAUUCUUCGUCCUAAAUAACGAUAUUGUUUUGCGUAUCAGCCAGCUCCUAAAAUGCCCGGAGAAAUUUCUAAAACUUGUUGCUAUCCGAUUCCUGCGCCAAUUGAUCGGCUUACAAGACGAAUUCUACGUGAAGCACGUGUCAGAGAAGAAGGUUAUUGGGCCAAUUCUUGAUGUUCUCAUCGAAACUAUGCCGAAAGACAACCUGCUCAGUUCUGCAUGCUUAGAGUUCUUCGAGUUUAUUAGGAAGGAAAAUAUCAAGGAUCUAGUAAAGCACAUUGUCGAAAACCACCGAGACAAAAUACAGACUUUAGCCUAUCUGGAUCUCUUCAGGACCCUGAUUGUUCGCUACGAUCAAACCGGCGGCUUCAGCGCCAAUAUGGAUUACUACAUAGAGGUAGACGAGGAGUCGCGUAAGCGUAUAAACCCAAAGACCGGAGCGUUGAUGGAGCACCUUGCUAUGGAUCAAGCUGAGGAAGAAUAUUGGAACACGUCUGACGAUGAAGAAGAGCUGCAAGCAAAGCCUAGGCAUCGAGCAUCAUCAGUGAAUGGAGAGGCGUCAAAUAUCAAACCGCUGGUAGAUUAUGCUUCUGAUGAGGAGGGAGAUGAAAAUAUGGAAGCUGGGGCGAUCUCGGCUGACGAAGAUAGACAAGAUGAAGGACAAAGGAGAACAAAUGAAGCUCCUAGAGAUGUGGGCCCCCCACCAGAGCGCUUAUCCGAGAAGCGAAGACGGGAGGAAGACGAGGAAGACGACCUGAGCAAAAUGAUCCAACAUAAACGCCGAAAUAGCAGUUCAGCAAGCUCUAAUAGCUCAAGCGUCUCCAGCGUUCUCCGAAAAAAGAAAUCCGUUUCCAGUGCCCGAGAUGCUGGGGGUGGGCCAAGGAAAAUUGCCAUUAGUCUUUCUCCGGGCUUGAAGAGUGGUAAUGGGCAGAGUCACGGUCGAUCGGAUGAUGAAGCAUGA